CCGGCUAACAGCUAGCAGCUAACAGGUAAAUGUGUUGUAGUGGAAGAUAUUCAGCGUGUGUUUACGUGAGUGUGUGAAACAUGAGAUCAGUCGCUUCGUGUGUUUUAUUCUGGUGAAAAAUGUCGCGUCCAUGUUGUGCUUUCUUCACCUGCUGGUUUUAUCUGAUUAACUUUAACUGACUCUGUCAGUCACUUUAUCUGCAUCUGUGUCCGUAAGGUGCAGGUUUGUAGCGGAUAGAAGAGACCCGCUGGGCUGCGUCCGUCUCCAGUCAUGCAGGAGGACAUCAACACCGUGAUGUCCUGGUUUUCCAGCCCCGUGUACAGCCGCUACUGGCAGCACUACCAGCAGGCCAUGUCCUGGAACCAGAGACACAGGCGGGCCUACAUGAAGGCCCUGGAGGCUGCAUACGGACCGAGCUACCGCCAGGAGCAGCAUCCCGGCAGCCAGCAGCGCUACGCGGACUGGAACGAAGGAGAGAGUGAGGACGGAGAAGACGGCGACGAGGAGAGCAGCUCGGACAGCGAGAUCGAGUGUGACGUCAGCAACAUGGAGAUCAGCGAGGAGCUCCGGCAGUACUUCGCCCAGACAGAACGACACCGAGAGGAGCUGAAGAAGCAGCAGCAGAUGGAGGCCGAGCAGCAGGACGGCUACGUGCCGGCCGACCGGGACCUGCGCGGCGUCUCCUGGCGAAGCAGCGUCGCUCCUCCCUCCGAGCGACCCGGCGAGAGGCGCGCCGCCGAGAUGAAGAAGCUGUACGGCGAGGACGCGGCCAAGAUCUCGGCCAUGGAGGCGGCGAUGCAGCUGACGUUCGACAGAAACUGCGACCGGAAGCAGCCGAAGUACUGGCCGGUCAUCCCGCUGAAGCUGUGACAGCUGUGGGCAGAGCCGCUGGAUCUGGAGGAGAUCCCUGCUCGGGUUUCUCAGAGAGGCAGCAGCUUUGUCGCGUAACGGAUCGCGGCUGUUGGGAGCUGCUGAUGUAGAAGUAAUGGUUCGGGUUAACUGAGUGUAAGAAGUUAUUUUAAGCACAAAAAAAGUUGCAUAAAUUAGCCGAGUUUCUGCUCAGCCAGACGCGAAUGUCACUGACCUGUCAGCUGCUGCUCCGAGUGGAAACCUAUGGCUGUGAUGUUACAUUUAAGGCUUCAUCUCCUCUGGCUCUGACAGAACUUAGUGCAUCCAACACUCGUAUUGAUUUUAAGGUGAGGAGCACCAAAAAGCAAGAAUGAGUGUGAGCGGGGGGUCAGGCUUACAGUAAACCUGCCCCCGUCGCUGAUGUAAACACGCUCAAACAACAUGUGCCUGCGCCUUUCCUCCUAAUCUGUUUUUGUUUACCCUCCAGCUCGGCGAUGUUUCAUGCUGCAGUAGCUCCUCUUAUGCCUGUCAACUUAGUUUAACCACAAAAAAACAUUCCCAGCCUCCUCGUCUGCUCAGAUUCCUGCAUGGCUGCUCCUGAUAUUCCACUUCUGAACACACAAGAGGAGCGAUUCGCCGUCGUCGCUUCCAAACCGGGCCGCUCUUAUUCUGACAUUUCACCGCGUUCAAAGGCGUUCGUGUUGCUUUCUCCGGAGGGGCGUCGACUCGUCUCUUUUAUCUUGUGUUUGCACCACUCUGCAGCAUUUGUUUUGGACUAGAUGUGUAUUUUAAUAUAUAUUCUGUUUGUAAUAAAGUAUUUUAAGUCUAAAA